AACUCAACAAAUUGUUUCCACGAAUGAUCCUUUUUCGGAUCCGAUUUAUUUUGUUUGUGCUGUUUUGGAUCCUGAAUUUAAAUUUUAUUGGCUUAGUCAAAUGAAUUAUAAACCAGUAGUCGAAUCACAAAUGAAGCAGUUAUUGAUUCAACUGAUAUUAAAUGAAUGUGACACAAACGGCAUUACAUCGUUCGAUAAUAUACAAGAUACACAAUCAUCACCAUCAGAACUCGUUUCCAAUAGUUAUGCAACACAAACAGUUAACUCAUCAAUCAUUAAAAAGAGAAAGUUAUUUCAAUACGAAGAUAAUCACAACUUCUCACUCAAUUCGAGAAUGAGUCCAUUAAACGAAAUCAAUGCUUAUGUAAAUGAUCCAGUAGGUUCUAAAUUUUCAAUGUACUGGAAUAAUUCGCGAUUAUAUUGGUUAAAAGCUGUGGUUCAACGCAUAUUUUCUGUACAAGCAUCUUCAGCACCAAUAGAAAGAGUUUUUAGUCAAGCCGAUGAUGAAUUGUAUUUGGAAACAUAUAUAAAUCAAAAUGAAAACUAUGAUGAAUCGAUUAUUAGACAACUUUUAGCUCAGAUCAAUUUAAAAUUGUUGAAAAAUAAUGCAUUUGCUCUAUUUACAGUUUCGAAUUUUUUAAUAAGUCUUGGCUUUUUUGUUCCAUAUAAUUUUGCACAUGAUCUUGCAAAAGAUGGACAUGUGAUAGAAAGUCAUAGAAAAUUCGUUCUUAUGGCUAUUGGUUUUUCUACUUGUAUUGGUCAUAUUAUCAUUGGUUAUUUAGCAGAUCAAAAAUGGAUGAAUCGUCUGAUAUUAUACAAUGCAACAUUAAUUAUAGCUGGUAUAUCUACAAUAGUUGCUUCAUUUAAUGGUUCUCAUAUUCUUUCUCAUAUAAGUUAUGCUUCAUUUUUUGGUUUCUUUUCCGGUGGUUAUAUUGAUUUAACUUCAAUAAUUACUGUUGAUCUUGUUGGUCUAAAUAAACUAUCAAAUAGAAUCGGUAUUACUCUACUUUUUCAAGGUAUUGCAACUGCUAUUGGAACUCCGGUGGUUGGUGCAAUCUGUAAUGUAUUUGAAUCACAUAAUAAUCCAUUUCUUUGGUCUUAUUUUAUUUUUGGUGGUUUUGUUGUAUUAAGUGGUGGUAUUCUAUUUGCAAUUCCUGCAUUGAUACGAAGACAAAAAGCUCAACAGAAUAUAACUAAAUAUCAAGCGGACAUAAAUGUUCUUUCUCAUUAA